UCGUGUCAUGACAACAAUGCUUUGUGCAAUAAUUUGAAAUUAGGGAAUGAAUAGCCAGUGGAAAAGGAACGGUAUGUUAUGGAAUUCGAAGAUGCAGAAUUAGCAACUGAGGAAGAACCUCAUUCGUCAACUGUCUCCAAACGAAGUAGAAAUUCUUCUCCUUCUCGAACGGCAAAUGAUCGGCUGCUUUUUGGUAAAACAGCGAAAUGCUUAGCGAGCGAAGAAAAAUUUCUUUCUUCGGGAUGCCCAAACCUGGAUUCAGUACUAAGGGGUGGUUUUGCUAACAGAGGCAUUACACAAAUUUAUGGAGCAGCUAGUACUGGGAAAACUCAAAUCGCCUUACAACUAUGUUUGACCGUUCAACUUCCAAUUGUAGACGGUGGUUACGAAGCUGGGGCAGUCUAUAUUUCCACAGAGGGAACUUUCCCUUCUAGGCGUCUCCAGCAACUGCUUCGUGAAUCAAACCUCACCAAAAAGUUUAAUGUCACGUCUGAUAUAAUUUUUGUUACAACGAUACAUGGCGAAAACACAAUUCAAGAACUUGAGAAUUGUAUUAUUGAAAGGAUCCCACAUUUGAUGGCUUCCAGAAAAAUUGGUCUGCUGAUACUGGACUCUAUUGCUGCACCUUACAGAGCAGGAUAUUCAGUCAAUACAUUCGGAGACAGAGCAAAGAGUCUAUGGAAUAUUGCUAAUCAAUUGCACAAUUUAGCCAGUCAAUAUAAGCUUACAGUUAUUUGUAUUAAUCAGGUAUCUGCAGCAAUUUCAUUAAAUAAUUAUGAAGCAAUUCAUCCUACGGAACAGCCAACACUAGGUAUAACAUGGGCCAAUAUGAUAACAAAUGAUUUCUAUCUAUGCAGAAGAGGUGACCGCCGCUACCUUUACACUAUGCAGUCAUCUUACCUUCCUCGCAGUCAUAUUGAAUAUGUAAUCACAGGUUCAGGAGUAUCGGGUGUGUGUAAAAAUAAAUAAUUUCUAAUAUUUGUAGUUCCAUUGUAUUAUUUGUAUUAUUUCAUCUUCAAAGAACACUAAAGGUAUUCAGUUUAUUACUUGUUCGUCAAUAUGCUGCUCAAUUACAGAAGUUCCGUAUCGAAAUGAUAAAAUUCGUACAUUUCUAUCUAAUAAACAUAAAUUGUAAUCCAUCAUCGAUGUGCUGUUUGAAGUACAACAUUGCGUUUCAUGUGUCAGGACAUGUUUAACAUGAGCUCGUCAACAGCUGCAAAGACGCUACUAUCUAAAACGUGUAAUGAAUGUAUCGGAAUCCACUGAUUCAUUGGCUCUGAACUUGAAAAUGGAUCUGCCGUACUGACGUCCAGAUUUUCCACAUCGUUUUGUAGUAUAAGUCUGUGAUAGUU